UAACAAUGGUUACUAAGCUAACUGCACUCAGUGCCUUUCUGGCCAUAAUUUCCCUGUCUGCGGCCUACCAAAUAUCCACUAGUGUUGUUGAAGGUGUUGCUUCAUAUCUGAAUACACCCACAGCGCCAUUCGUCAAGAUCGGAGAUAGUUAUUACUUUAUUGAAAAUAAGGUUAAUAGAAACUGGUAUGAUGCCUUCGAGGCUUGUCGCCAAAUGAACGCUGACUUGGUCGCAUUUGAAGACCGGAAGGAACAGAAGCUGAUCUAUCAAUACCUUGUUGAUAAGGAAAUGGAUACGACUUAUUGGACUGCUGGCACCGACUUGGCCAAGCAGGACUCUUUUGUUUGGUUUUCAACUGGUCAGACCGUGGCUUCGGAUUUGUGGUGUAAUGAUGAGCCAAAUAAUGCUAAAAAUGAGGAGCACUGCGUUGAGUACAAACCAUUGCACCCGGAAGUGAAAAUGGGACUGAAUGACAGGAUCUGUACCUUUAAGAAAAGUUAUAUUUGCAGGGCACCGCAGCCAAAAACAGUAUCAUUUAUAUUGUGGUAAUCCAUCUCACGUUCCAACAUAUUUUACAAAACGUCUUUGAAAUACAAAUUUUAAU